AGUUCACCUAUACUUUCAUAAGCGGGCACGAGCAUCAUUGUGCACGUGGAAGAGGAAGUUUAACCUGUAAAGUGGAUAUAUAAAUAUAUUUCUACUUAAAUUAACAUUUAAUAUAAAAAAUGAAUUUCAAACUUCUGCUUCAUUCCAAAAAUCCAUCAACGGAAGCCCUGAUAGUGGCAGAAGUUAUUAAUUCUCAAAAGAAGGACAAGAUUGAAAUAGUUUGGUGCAAUGAUUGGAAAGGUGAUGGAAACGUUCAAUUGAUAGAUGAUGAUAAUAAAGUGUUAGGAGAAUGGAGUAAUGAUAUUAGCCGUUACUUUGCUAGAACUUCAUACAUACAACUUUAUGGUGGUACUAGUCCUUGUGAAAAGACUGAAGUUGACCAUUGGCUCUCUUUUGCAAUUGGACCUUUGGGAUUUGUUCCAUUGAAAAAGAGUGCACUGCAAUAUCUGGAUGAUGUAUUAAUGACCACCACGUGGUUGGUGUCCAAAAAGUUAACAUUAGCUGAUAUCCAUGUAUUUUGUGCUCUUUUGGACAAGGAAUUUUUACCAAAGUUCGAAAAACAGUUUAUUAAUAUAACUAGAUGGUAUAAACAAAUGCUUUCAUUGCCUGUUAUUGCACAGGUAUUAUUAUCAGUUAAAAAGAAUGCUAAAUUACCUGUACAAUCUGAAAAAGUUGUUGUUAAUAAGCAAAGUGGACAAAGAAAGCAAGAAGGUAAAUUUAUUGAUUUGCCUGGAGCAGAAAUGGGUAAAGUUAUAGUGCGUUUUCCACCAGAGGCAAGUGGAUAUUUACAUAUUGGUCAUGCUAAGGCAGCUCUGUUAAAUCAGUAUUAUGCAGAAGCAUUUCAAGGACAGCUUAUUAUGAGAUUUGAUGAUACAAAUCCUGCAAAAGAAAAUGUAGAAUUUGAGAAAGCUAUUUUAGAAGAUUUGGAGUUAUUACAAAUCAAACCAGACAGAUUUACACAUUCUUCAGAUUAUUUUGAUUUGAUGCUAGAAUAUUGUACUAAAUUAUUAAUAGAAAAUAAAGCAUAUGUAGAUGAUACUCCUGCUCAUAUUAUGAAAGAACAACGCGAUCAAAAAUUGAUGUCAGUGAAUAGAAACAAUUCCGUGGAAAAGAAUCUUAAGCUAUGGAAUGAAAUGCAACAAGGUUCUCCCAAAGGUCAGGAAUGCUGUGUUAGAGCAAAAAUUGAUUAUCAGUCAGCAAAUGGUUGUUUAAGAGAUCCAACAAUUUAUAGAUGCAAACCAGAGCCGCAUCCUCGAACUGGAACAAAAUACAAGGUUUAUCCAACCUAUGAUUUUGCUUGCCCCAUUGUUGAUGCUGUUGAAAACAUCACUCAUACAUUACGUACAACAGAAUACCAUGACAGAGAUGUUCAGUUUUAUUGGAUAAUUGAUGCUUUAGGAUUGAGGCGUCCUUAUAUAUGGGAAUACUCCCGUUUAAAUAUGACUAACACAGUUUUAUCUAAAAGAAAAUUAACUUGGUUUGUUAAUGAAGGUUUGGUUGAUGGAUGGGAUGAUCCACGUUUUCCAACAGUAAGAGGUAUUUUGAGAAGGGGAAUGACUGUUGAAGGAUUAAAGCAAUUUAUCAUUGCUCAAGGUAGUUCAAGAUCUGUCGUUUUUAUGGAAUGGGAUAAAAUAUGGUCAUUUAACAAAAAGGUCAUUGACCCGAUUGCCACUAGGUAUACUGCUUUGGAUUUUGAUAAGCUUGUAUCGGUACAUAUAAAUAAUGUAAAAGAAGAAUGGCUAACGGUUCAAAAUCAUCCAAAAGAUCCAUCAAGAGGCAAUAAACAAGUAUUAACAAGUUCGCACCUAUAUAUAGAAAGAGAUGAUGCAGACGUGUUGGUCGAAGGUCAAAAUGCUACUUUUAUUAAUUGGGGCAAUAUAUUGAUACAAAAAGUUGAAAAAGAAAAUGGUGUUGUUAAGCGAAUAAUAGCGCAAUUGAAUUUAGAAAAUAAAGACUAUAAAAAUACAUUGAAAAUCACAUGGCUAGCAGUACCUUCUAAUAAAGAUGAUGACGACAGUAAAACUAAUUUAAUCCCGUGUUAUGCUGUUUACUUUGAACACAUAAUACGUAAACCAGUGUUAGGAAAAGACGAUGACUUCAAAAAUUUCAUUGCAAAAGAUACAAGAGUCGAGGUACAAAUGCUUGGAGAGGUGGAGUUAAAACGAGUAAAAAAAGGAGAAAUAAUUCAGUUACAACGAAAAGGUUUUUUCCGUUGCGAUGUCCCUUAUGCUUCGGCAAGUCCAUUUUCUUCCAAAGAACAGCCCUUAAUUUUAUUCCAUGUACCAGAUGGACAUACGAUAAGCUCAGCAAAAACUGCUGUUAAAGAAACUACUCAGAAAAAUGUGUCUCAGCUUGAAGUACAAGAUGCAAACGUAAUCAGUGAAAAAAUUAUUGCUCAAGGUGAUAAAGUACGUUCUCUAAAAUCCCAGAAAGCAGAUAAAACAGUAAUAGAUGCAGAAGUAAAAGUACUUUUAAAUUUAAAAGCUGAAUAUAAAGCGUACACUGGAGUAGAAUGGAAACCAGGAAUGAUUCCAGAUAAAUCAGAUAAAAUAGCACCUUCUGAUAAAAAUAAAUUAUCUGAGGAUAUUAUACAACAAGAAAAGAAAAUUAAAGAAUUACAAGCAAAGAUAAACCAGGAGAUGCAAUAUCUUUCAAAUUUAAAAACAAGUUAUAAAAAUAAAAUAGGUAGUGAUUGGUCAGGAGCAAAUGAAAAUAUAGCACAAAAUGGUAAGUUGCCAGAUUCACAUGCCGAAAAGUUAUCUAACGAAAUUAAAAAACAAGGUGAUAAAGUAAGAGAAUUGAAGAAAUCACAAGUAGACAAAAGUAUUAUCGAUGUAGAAAUAAAGAAACUUUUAACUUUAAAAGGAGAUUAUAAAUCUAUAACUGGUCAGGAUUGGAAACAAUCUAGUACCAGUACAUCAAAAACACCCAGUAAAGCAUGCGAUAAUGUAAUUAAUAAAAUGACCGAUCACGAAAAAAUAGCUGAAGAAAUACAGAAACAAGGGGAUAAAAUAAGGCAGUUAAAAGCUACGAAAGCAGAAAAACCUAUUAUUGAUCAAGAGGUAAAAUUACUUUUGACGUUGAAAGCUGAUUACAAAACUGCAACUGGAAAGGAUUGGAAACCAUUUAACACACCAGUAGCUAACGCAUCAAACAAAGAAGAAAUUCGUGUUAAUCAAAUUUUGGAAAGCAUACAGAAGCAAGAGGAUAAAGUAAGGCAAUUAAAUGAAUCAAAAGCGGAGAAAAACAUUAUUGAUCAAGAAGUAAAAAUACUUUUUGAUUUAAAAAAUGACUAUAAGACAUUAACUGGUCAAGAAUGGAAAUCAGUAAAACCUGAUACAUCGACUAAAAAGAAGAAACAAGAAAAUAUUUCUAAAACUGAAAAACAAAAAGGUACUCCAAACAAGGAAAUAAGUAAAAAUGAAAGUACAAAAGAUACAGAUACUUCAAAAACUGGAACCAGAUUAGGGUUAGAGGCAAAGAAGGCAGAAAAUUUCUUUGAAUGGUAUUCUCAACUUAUUACCAAGAGCGGAAUGAUAGAAUAUUACGAUGUAUCAGGGUGUUACAUUUUUCGCCCAUGGAGUUUUUCCGUUUGGAAAAUAAUUAAAGGAUAUAUUGAUGCAGAAAUAACAAAACUAGGGGUUCAAGAAUGUUAUUUUCCUAUGUUUGUCACACGAUCAGUGUUGGAGAAAGAAAAAGCACAUAUAGCUGAUUUUGCACCUGAAGUUGCAUGGGUUACAAAAUGUGGUGAAUCAGAUUUAGCAGAACCCAUUGCUAUACGUCCAACAUCAGAAACUGUAAUGUAUCCUGCUUAUGCCAAAUGGCUAAGAUCUGAUACUGAACUUCCUUUAAGACUUAAUCAGUGGAAUAAUGUAGUGAGAUGGGAGUUUAAAGAUCCUAAACCUUUCUUACGUACAAGAGAGUUUUUAUGGCAAGAAGGACAUAGUGCUUUUGCUACCAAAGCUGAAGCUGAUGAAGAAGUUCUUGUAAUUUUAGAUGUAUAUGCUAAGGUGUACGAACAUUUAUUAGCAAUACCUGUUAUAAAAGGCCGAAAAACUGAAAAAGAGAAAUUUGCUGGUGGUGAUUAUACUACCACAGUUGAGGCUUUCAUUUCGAUGAGUGGUCGUGCGAUACAAGGAGCAACAAGUCACCAUCUUGGACAAAAUUUUUCUAAGAUGUUUAAUAUUCAAAUAGAAGGUGCUACAGAAGGAGAUGAGAAAACAUUCGUUUAUCAAAAUUCAUGGGGCUUAACAACUCGAACAAUUGGAGUUAUGAUAAUGGUUCAUGGAGACGACAAAGGUUUGGUAUUGCCACCAAAUGUAGCUUGUAUUCAGGCUAUCAUAGUACCUUGUGGUAUUACAGCAAACACGACAUCUCAACAGAGAGAAUUUUUAUUCACUGAAUGUGACAAAUUAUUGGAUGAACUAUCAAGAGAUAAAAAGCUUAGAGUUAAAGCUGAUUACCGCAGUAAUCGCACUCCAGGUUGGAAAUUUAACCAUUGGGAAUUGAAAGGUGUACCUGUACGAAUUGAAUUAGGUCCAAAAGAUUUAGAAAAAAAUCAGGUUACAUUUGUACGCAGAGAUAAUUCUGAAAGAAUACUUGCAAACAGAUCUGAAGUACUUAACGCUUUAUAUACAUUAUUGGAUAACAUACAAUCAAGUAUGCUUACUAAAGCAAGAAAGGAAUUAAAUGAACACAUCAAACGUGCAGAUAAUUGGAACGAAUUUUGCGUUGAACUUAAUAAAAAGAAUUUACUGUUAUCACCCUUUUGUGGGGAAUCAUCUUGUGAAGAUAAAAUUAAAGCUGAUAGCGCACGAGAGGACGCGGGAGAGGAACCUGGAAUGUUAUCAAUGGGUGCAAAAAGUCUUUGUAUACCAUUUGAACAACCGACCUCAUCAGUACCACUUCAUAAACAAAAAUGUAUUCAUCCUGAUUGUCAAAAUAAGCCGAAGUCUUAUACACUUUUCGGUCGUAGCUAUUGAAAUUUUGUAUAACUGACAUUGAGUUACUUAAUGUGAUAAAAUUUUAUUUAAAUAAUAUACUUUGAAUAGAUAAUUUAUAGUAUCAUAUAUAUAUAUAUAUAUUCAUUUCAAUGUUU